GAGGGAUCGCACCAACAAACUUUUUGCGACGUAGUGAGAGCUGCCAGAGAUCGCAACAGAUGGAGGCAAAUCAUUCACUCCUGGAGAUCGUGACCACCUGAUGGACUCCAUCAAGUAAUCACGAUCUUCAGUAAUGAAAAAGUUUUACUUACACAAUCACGACAAAUCAAUUGACACCUCGCUUGUUAAGUCAUUCAAGCUGUAGGGUAUGCCAAAGAAACGGAGAUACACACACACUUAUGGAUUUUCCUUUACCUUUUGUGUUUUUUUUAGAUCUAAGUCACUUAUAUAUAAAAUUAAUUCUGAAUAUUUUUUUUAUUAUUAUAAUUAUUUAUUAUACAUACAUACACUCGAAAAACGUUACCAUCCGUAGUCGAUUAAAAAAAAAAAUUCGCCAUCUUGAAUCACAAAAUUAUUGUCGUAUUCGUAAUCAGUACUCUCGAAAAUUAUGAAUAUAAUACACAUAUUAUUAUUGGUUUUUAAAGAUAUUUUAUUUUAUAAAUGAAACUUCUUGAUUUCAUUAUAAACAUUUUUUUCCUGCAUCAAGAACUGUUUAUUUAAAUAUCGUUCAUUCUUUUAAUGUCCCAUCCCUAACUUUUGUGUUUGUGUCACAGACUUACAAGUUUGUGUACACUCGAACAAUUGCAUAGUUACACAAUUUCUUUUAGCUUGUGUGCGUUUUUUUGUUUUUGAGACGUGAUUUUUGGUUGCUGUGGUGCAGCACAGAGCAUUGUUAAGAUAAUUAUAUUAUCUGUUUGGUUUUUAUAAUCAAAUUAGACGAAAUAGUUUCUGUAGAUCAUAUUGCGAACAUCCCUUUAUACGAACAAGAUCAACUAGUCUUUGUUCAGAAUUUAAUACUAAAUAUAAAAUUAAAACUUCGUUUUUCUUGAAAUCUAAGUAUCUCUGAACAAAUGAAUGUUAUCUGUGUGGUCGACAUUUUGUUCGGUAGGAACAAACGAUGUGGCUUCGGCCUUACUGAACACACAAAAGAAGACUACUAAUUAGAAAAUAAUAAUAAAAAAACACCAACAAGAAAGUACAAGUACUUUUGAUCUAGAAAGAAGAUUAAAGGAAAGACAAGAUUCUUGAAAGAAGACUUUGCUUCGGCUUUAAGAAAGAAGAAGUUACAAAUAAUAAACUUAAGACUUGGAUAUAUGGGCACAGUACUCUUUGCCUUCCCAGAAUGCGUAAAGAAAUUUAAAAAAAUAUGUUCGGUCAGCGCAGCGGCUGGCGGUCAACAAACUGUUCGUUGGUGAUAGUCUGUAAGUUUGUGUACUACUGAAGCUUACGUGUUAGUCAGGCAUUUGUUGGACGUAUUAACCCUUGGACAACAUUUUUGAAUGAUAAACUCGUACGUGUCAUUAUGGUUCAUAAAUGAAAUCACACUUGCCACCGUGUGUAAGUUUUGUUAAUCGCUCAACAUUCUUAUAGAAAGUCGACAAAAUGCAUAAAGCUAGGAGUGAAUUUCGUUUCAUUCUAUAUGCCAGUGGGAUAUUCUUUUGUUAUUUUAUAUUUGGUAUGUUACAAGAAAAAAUUACGCGUGGUAAAUACGGUGAUAAUGAUAGGUUUACCUGCACUCUAUCUCUCGUGUUAGUACAAUGUGUUGUGAACUAUAUCUUCGCUCAAAUUCUAAUGCUGUCAUGGCACCAUGAAGUGGAUAACACAAAAAAGAUCUAUUAUUUUUCAUCAGCUCUCACUUACCUGUUGGGUAUGGUAAGCUCGAAUCUGGCCUUACAAUGGAUCAACUACCCUACACAGGUGGUGGGUAAAGCGGCCAAGCCAAUACCUGUCAUGGUAUUGGGAGUGUUACUUGGCAGAAAAUCGUAUCCUCUCAGGAAAUAUCUGUUUGUACUUCUGAUUGUUAUUGGGGUGGUCAUGUUUAUGUAUAAAGAUCAAGUCAAGAAGGUUGCCUCUACUGAUGACAUACAAGGAUUUGGGAUUGGAGAACUGCUGGUUCUUCUUUCUCUAACAAUGGAUGGCCUCACUGGUGCUGUUCAGGAACGCAUCAAAAGUGAAUCGUCUCCCACUGCUUAUUCAAUGAUGCUGAAUACAAACCUUUGGUCCAGUAUAAUCAUCUCGGUUGGUGUCGUGGUGACCGGUGAAAUAUUCCGCUUCGUCAGCUUCGUGCAUACAUACCCUGAGGUGUUGGUGUAUCUCGCCAGUCUCGCUUUGACCGGCGCACUGGGACAAUUGUUCAUCUUCUUCAUGGUAUCGGAGUUCGGUCCUCUACCGUGUUCUGUGGUAACGACCACCAGGAAGUUUUUCACGGUGCUCGCAUCUGUAGUGUUCUUCGGUAACGUGUUGCUUGGCAGGCAAUGGUUGGGUGCAGUACUUGUAUUUUCUGGUUUAUUCCUGGACAUCUUCUACAGCAAAGGCAAAGUACAAUCAAAGAAAGUGACAGAAAAAUGAUCGAAUGCAUUUUAUGUAGUAUAAAAUAACUAGACAAAUUGAAAACAAAAAUUAUUUAUAUUAAAUUAUUACUUAGGUGUUUCUGACAAAGAAUGAAUGUGUAAAUACGGAUCAUGGUAUGUACAGUCAGUGUCAAAUGAAUAGGCUAGUUGACACUUUUUGGAAAUAUGUUUAAAUGGUUAAAAUAAUUGUUCUAUUAGACCGAAAAAAAAGUAUUCUUGUUAUUUUUUGUACCUAGGAGGCUCCAAAACUUUAAUUUAAAAGUAAAUUUAUUUAUGGACAUACACAAAUGCUGUCGGCCAUUUUAGUCUAUAGAUUUAUCUAUGCUAUGACGUCAAAACAUUUGUAAACAAACACUCGCAAGCACGUAGGAAAUAACCUAUCUGAAUAUAUAUUAUAAAACCAUGAUUUCUAAUAGAUUUCAUGAUAAAUAUAGUAUUUAUCAUGAUUGUAUUAUACGAGAAUGUAGAAAUACAUCGUUAAAGACUCCAUAAAAGUUGUGGUUUAAAUUACCUACAGAAAUAUUCACACUUACACAUGCACACACUGCUUUCACAAAUCCGGCGUCCAGCAUAAAUUUAGUCAGCAA